AUAUAAAUAACGUCAAAAACGGAGUUCGUAUGAGCGAGUUACAAAUUAUAGUAGUAUAUUUACGUAUUAAAAUAAAGUAUAAAUCAUGUAUACGUACACAUAUAUAUACAUAUGUAUAUAUCAUUAGAAAGGUAUCGACGAUGCGGUUAUUAUAAAACUAAUGUUGAGUUCUUUCGACAUUAGUUUAGUACAAAGAUCAUUAAAUCCAUUUAAAAUAGUAUUAUAGAGGGGUGUUUAGUUGUUUAUAUAACUAAAAGGUCAUUAAGUAAUUAUGGAGGGUAGUUUUUGAAAAUUCAAUUAGUAUAAAUAAGAGCCUUGGGCUCUCAUAUUUCUUGCACCAUUCUCUUGAUUCAAGAGUCUUUCUCUCCUUAUCCCCCGAGCAUUUCGGUCCCUCGUGAUUCGACUUCUCUUUCUGUAGUUUUAGUAUAGUAAGGUGAGCGCUGAAGCGCUGCACGAAUCUUUCUUAGAAAGAUUCAGCGACGAAGUUCUGCCCCUGCAGAGCCCGACUCCUAGCUAAAAUCCCCUUGAAAGUGUUGAUAUGAAGUCACAAUACACUGAGAGAUUUAAAGAGAUGUAGAUCACUAGUGUAAAUAAUUGUAAGUUCUGUUUAUGCUUAUGUUUCUGUAUUAACGAUGACAUCCCAAACGUUUUAAAAUGAAAUAAAUACGUUUCAUCGAAAAUGUUUUAAUAACGUAUUUACCAUGUUUUUCUGGGAAUAAAUUCCGCAACAUUUUUAUAAAAUGAAGUACUCUGAUUUUUAUAAAGCAUAAACAAAAUCGGUCUUUUCUGGCCGUGAAAAUGGGGAUGUCACAGUUGGUAUCAGAGCAUUACUUUAAGCGAACUAGGAAUAUGGAUUUAUUUCUAGACUUAAACUUAGAAUGCUAAGCGAUGAUUGUGAGGUGUGAGCACUAGCUUAUUUUAGGAAUUGUGCCUAAAAUGCUUUUAUGUGCUAAAUACUUGUGCCUGAUAUGCUGUUAGUUGUUCGGAUCUAUGGUUUGUUGCCGACCGGAUCUGGAAACCUUAUGUGUUUAGGAUUCUAAACGUACGACUACGAUAUUAGAACUAGCAUAUAAACGUUUCGGAGUGAUAAGGAUGAUUUAACCGUCAAUCCUAAGUAAAGAUCUGGAUUCACCUUAUUCGGUGUAUAGAUCAAGAUGGCAAGAACCCGUAGUGGAAACGUGAAUGCAAAUGGGAACGGACACCAACCCCCCGUGAUCGAGCAAAUACCAGUUGUGGAAGCCGCUGCCGGACCAAUAACGAUGGCCGGAGUGCAAGCGUUGAUCCAGGCAAUGUUGGAUCGUCAAAUGGAGGAAACUAGACGUUUGCUCCAGCAAAAUCGUGAGGAGGCCACUAUUCAGAUCGAACAGCCCGAGUUGAACGAAGGGCAGACUGAGGAAGGAAACUACAGUGGGACUGUUGGUCAAGUCAACCCACCAAUAGUUCGACAAAACAACCAAGAUGACAAAGUCGAGAGGAAUGGAUGCAAGUACAAGGAUUUUCUGACUUGCAAGCCAUCGACUUUCACUGGAAAGGAGGAUCCGAUCGGGGUCAUGGAUUGGAUCUCGGAGAUGGAGUUAGCCUUCAUGACAUGCGGUUGCAGAGGGAAGCUACAGACCACAUUUGCAGUGCGUCAGUUUCGAGGAAGUGUUGUACGUUGGUGGAAUACCUUGGGGAAGACUUUGAGCCCUAAUGAGCCCCUGCAACUGACAUGGGCAGAAUUUUUGGUGCAAUUCAAACGAAAGUACUGCUCAGCUCAAAACCUGCUUGAGCUAGAGAACCAGUUUCUAACCCUGAAGAAGGGAAGCAUGUCAAUCGAUGAAUACACGAACAACUUCACAGAAAAGAUGGAGUUUGCCUUGCGUCUUGUUCCGGAUGAGCUGACGAAAAUUGACAAGUACGCAAAGGGACUUCCAUGGGAGUACGCGGUGCCAGUGCGUCAGGCUCCUACUCUGGAGGCAACUAUCUGGGCUGCCAAGUCUGUGGAAGAUAUGAUUAAGGGAAGAGCUGCCAACAAGAUUGAGGUUGGCGAAAAGAGAGAGUUUGAGGAAUCUACGAGGCCCAAUAAGAAGAUCAAGUCUGGUUCAAAGGAGUCUAGCGGAGGAGGAAACAAAGUGAAAUGGUGCGAGAAGUGCAAAAAGAAUCACUUUGGGAAAUGUAGCGAAGAAGUGACUUGCUACAAGUGUGGGAAGACCGGACAUUACGCCAACGAGUGCAAAAGGGUGUGUUAUGAAUGCCGUGAAGAAGGGCAUGUUGCUAAGGAUUGCCCGAAAAAGAAAGAGGCGGAAAAACCAAACAUUCCGCCAAAACCGAAGGCAAGAGCAUUCCAUAUGAUCCUAGACGAAGCAGAUGACAAUGCGAGGAUUCAGGAAUGACGGCUUGACAUCCAAGGAUCGAGUUAUAAUGUAGCCAU